AUGGUCGAUCCAAAGGAACCAGUCGAAGAAGGCACAGCUCCAGCAGCCGAGGAAGAAGAAACAACAACCAAGAAGGGAACCAAGAGAACCAAAGCAGAGGCUGAAGAAGAAGAAGCCGUUCCAGAAGAAGAGGAAGAAGAGGAAGAGGAACCAGAAGAUGAAGAUGAUGAAGAAUAUGUCGAUGAGGAACAAGACGAGGAUGAAGAUGAGGACGAAGAUGAGGAUGAAGAUGAGGAAGAGGAAGAAGAGGAAGAUAGAAAGAGGUCUUCAAAGAAAUCUAAGAAGUAA